UAUAGUUUAAUAUUUACAAUGUCUUCAAAGAGACGUACUAAAUGGAAAAAAAUUAAUGAAAGAGUUAAAAAACAUCUUGCAAUACUUGAAACAGAGGAUAAGGAAACAAAUAGUGUCGAAGAACCAAUUAGAUCAAAAUAUUCUAAAGAAUUUCUUAAUUCUGACUUGUUAGAGCAUUGCCAGCAAUUCAAUGAAUGUGAAUUCCUUUCUGAUUGGUUAAUAAAUGAGGAUGAAAGUAUAAAUUUUAAUUGUGUUAAUAAUGAAUCUGAUAGCUCUCUCUCUCUCAUGUUCUUCUAUUGAAUAUUAUUUAUCUGAAGAUGAUUUUGAAAGAAAUUCUAACGAUAAUAAUAUUGCAGAAUUUUCUGUUAGUAAUAGUUAUAAUGUAUUAACAAAUUCUACAGUAAAUAUAAAUCCUAACUUAGCAAGUAAUCUUGCCCAGUGGGCUCUUGAAUAUAGAAUCUCUCACACCGCUUUGAAUUCUCUAUUACAUAUAUUAAAGAAAUACAAUCUUAUUGAAUUUACUGAUGCUAGGACUUUAUUAAUACUUUCUGUUUUUGAUAUGUGUGGUGGAAAAUAUUGUUAUUUUGGAAUUGUCAAUAACUUAAAAUCUUUGUUUGUAAAAGUACCCUUAUUGAAAUCGUUACAAGAAAUAAACUUAUUUGUUAAUAUUGAUGGGCUGCCAUUAGCCAAUAGUUCAUCAAUUCAAUUUUGGCCGAUACUUUGCAAAAUAGAUCAAUCAUUUUGUAAACUUGACCCUUUCAUUGUUGCUGUAUACUGCGGCCAAUCUAAACCUCCAGAUGUACAUGAAUAUCUGCAAGAUUUUAUACAAGAGUACAAACAUCUUUGUGAUGUUGGCCUAGCUAUCGAUACAAAACUAUAUUCAGUUACGGUUUUAGGCUUUAUUUGUGAUGCACCUGCUAGAGCUUUUGUUAAAGUAAUUAAAGGUCAUAAUGGUUUUUAUGGUUGCGAAAGAUGCACACAAAAAGGAACACAUCCGUUUGGUGCAACAAUAUUUAAUGAAAUCGAUGUUCAAAUAAGAACAGAUGAGAGUUUUUUGCUACAAACGCAGUUGGGGCAUCACAAUGGUAUUUCUCCUUUAACAGAGAUUAAUUUUCCUAUGGUUACAAAAUUCAUAUUAGAUCCAAUGCAUUUAGUUUAUUUAGGAGUUAUGAGAAGAAUGCUUUUUCAAAUGGUGCAAGGGAAUAAUUAUUUUUGUAAAUUAGAUGCAAGAAGAAUUAAUAUCUUAUCCAAAAGAUUAGAAUCGUUGCAUAAAUACAUUCCUGUAGAUUUUUCGAGGAAACCACAAAAUUUGAAUAAAAUAAAAAAAUGGAAAGCUACUGAACUACGCCAAUUUCUCUUGUAUACUUCACUUUUUGUUUUGAAUGGAAUUAUUUCAAAUAAUCAUAUGGAACAUUUUAAGAUUUUUCAUACUGCUAUAUUUAUUCUUUCACAUCCAAACUUAGCAGUACAAUUAUGUAAUUAUGCACAGGCUUUACUGAUAGAAUUUGUUAAGACUUUUGAUGAGUUCGUUGGACCAAAUUCAAAAAUUUACAAUGUUCAUAAUCUUGUUCAUCUUCCAGAUGAUGUUAGAAAUUUUAAUAGGACAUUAGAUGAUAUAAGUGCGUUUGAUUUUGAAAAUUUGCUGGGAGAAAUAAAAAGAUCUCUUCGGGGUGGGAAAAAAUCAUUAGCACAAUCAUCACGACGACUUUCUGAAAAUGCUUCCAUUCCUGGGAAAUAUAUUUCUAAUUGGGUAUUAAAACGAAAACAUGAAAGUGGGCCACUUGUUGCUGGCAUGGAAAGCUCUAAUCUAAGUCAGUAUAAAGAGAUAAUUAUUGACAAGUAUCAUUUUGUGGCUUGUCAUAGAGCUGAUCGUUAUGCGUUGUUAAAAAAUGGAAAUAUUAUACAAAUUUUCAAUAUUGUUCUUAAAAAUGCACAAGAAAUACAUUGUUCCGAUUUAAUUUAUGCAAAAAUAUUCAAUAGUUGAAUUUAUUGAAGAAAAUACUGUUGAAAUUAUCCUUUCUUCCUGGAUAUUAUCUAAUAACAAAACUGCAUUAUGGCCUAAAAACAUAAUUCCAUCAAUCCUAAAAAGAUACCUAAAGAACAGUACUGUACCCAGUGAUGAUUGGAACUCUGUCAAUAUAAGAGUUUUGGGACAUACAGGUAUAGACUUUAUAUUUUUACUUGCCAUAUUUAUUUUUAUAUUGAAUUGUUCUAUUAUCAUGAUACAGG